GACCUUCUAGCUGCUUGCAUGGUGGCAGCUAGAAGUUUCAAAUAAAGCCCUUAAUUUAUAGCAGCAUCUUCCAUUUCUUUAACAUUUGGUGCUUUCAAGAUCGGUCAUUCUAAUGGGCAACAGAUACAGACUUGGGAUUGUUUCUUCUGAUGUAAUUGCAACGAAGACAUCAGUUGCUGAGGAAGUCCAAGUCGGAAGUAUUGGAUCGGUAGAUAAUGUCGCUCUUGGUGCUGAAGGAGGAGAAGAACAACAACAAAAACUAGCAGAUCAAGCUGAAAAACUAGAAGUCCAAGAAGAUGGGUCGUCUUCUGGUGCAGAAAAUGAAGAGAGUGAAAUUGAAGCUUUCAUUGCAGAUCAAGAUGAAGGGGGAGAAGAAGAAGAAGAAGAAGUACCACCGGAAGCAAAUGAUGAAUUGAACAAAAAGUUCGAAGAAUUCAUUAAGAAGAUGAAGGAAGAACUCAGGAUUGAAGCCCAACGUCAACUAAUUGCCGUCUAAUCAUGUAUAUCCUGAUCAGAUGUAUUAUCCUGCUCCAAAAUGCUUUGGUCUCUUUUUAAAAUGACGAAGCUAGAUCUUUUUUCUUUCUGAUCAUGUAUCUUGCAUGAAUGCAUGUAGAGCUUAGCUUCUGUCGUUAAGUUCUUUGUUCUAAUCAUGUAUUAUCCUGCUCCAAAAUGCUCUGGUCUCUUUUCUUUGUUGUAA